AUGAAGAAGAUCGAGUUGGAAAAUGGAGCGCUAGCUGUUCUGUGUUCAAGCAAAGCGACACCGUUAUACACUCUCUCUCGCUCAGAAACCCUAAUCGCGUCUUGCGGUGAUUUCUCAUCGAUUGUUCUGUUGUUGUUUGAAUCGUACUUAUUGUUUGGGUUGAGGCUCAUUGCACCCGGCGAAUGA